UAUUUUUUUGUUAUUUUUGUUUGAAAACAGUUUUGGCAUCGAUUCAUUCGAUGAAAAAGUUGGAGGCAAGGAAGAAGUUACUUUUUUAACUUUUUUCUCACGGAACGUUUUCAAAUGGAACAAAAAGGGGCAGCGGUUUUCCUUUUGCUCCGACAAAUUUCAUGCAUUCUCUUUUGUAUUUUAUCUUGGUGUUCACGGCUAUCCUGAUCUGUCCAGGGAGUAGUUCAAGUCAGCAGCAGUACUUUGACGCAAUGGAUAGCUUUGUGCGUGUUCGUGAUCAAGGGUUUAUCCUUCAGGGACGGCCUUAUGUUAUAGCGGGAGCCAAUUACUGGCAAGGCAUGCAUUUAGCAGCCGAUGAUUACCAUGGCGGUAAUCGAAGCCGGUUGCUGUUGGAAUUGGAACAAAUGGCGGCCAUGAAUAUCAACAACUUGCGCAUCAUGGCCUCAGCCGAAGGUCCCAACGAUCAGCCCUAUCGCUUACGACCCGCUCUGAUGCCCAGUCCAGGGAAAUACAAUGAAGCCAUAUUCGAAGGCUUGGACUUUUUAUUGGAUGCCAUGGGUCGUUACAAUAUGGCGGCUGUUCUAACGUUGAAUAACUUUUGGCAUUGGAGUGGAGGGUUUGGCCAAUAUGUGGCUUGGGUGGAAAAGAACCAAAGUAUCCCUUACCCUGAUCGACCCGAAACGUGGGAUGCGUUUACUGAAUAUGCGUCACGGAUGUGGACGGACAGCAAUAUUCGAGAAAAGGCAAUGGAUCUAUUCAAGGAUCACAUUUAUCAGGUGCAAUCUCGUCGUAAUACAGUAAAUGGAAAGCUGUAUCGGGAAGAUCCUGUGAUUAUGGCCUGGCAAAUCGCCAAUGAACCGCAACUGGCACCCAGAUGGUGGUUUGUUGAACUGGCGCAGUUUAUCAAACAAGGGGCGCCUUAUCAGUUGGUGUCUGCGGGCAUUGAAAGCAAGUUUGACGAAACCGACUUUCUCAAUGCGCAUGACUCUGAGUUUAUCGAUUAUUGCACUUGUCAUUGCUGGGUAGAAAACUGGGGAGAAUAUAAUCCAAGUGAUCCGGAUGACUUGGGUCGAGCGCAAUCGUAUGUUCAGGAAUUUUUGACGACGCGUGCGGCGUGGGCCAAAAAAGUGCAAAAGCCCUUGGUUUUGGAAGAGUUCGGGAUGGCUCGGGAUGCUUGGCGUCGACCAAAGGACAGUCAAUACAAGUAUGAUCCGGAAACACCGACGCAACACAAGGAUGAAUAUUAUGAAGGGAUAUUUGACCAGAUCACAUCCAUGGUAAAUGAAAAUCCAUUGUCAGGGUGGAAUUUCUGGGCUUACGGUGGACUUGGUCGAUCGACAGAUGAACCCAACGAAUACGGCAUGGUUUGGCUCGGUGAUCCUCCACAUGAACGUAGGGGAUGGUAUAGCGUGUAUGACAAGGAUAGCACGGUAAAUGUGAUCCGGGAUGCCAACCUUCGAUUGAAGGAGGCUGCAUGGCAAGAUGAAGGACAAAACAAGGGAGACGAAAAUUGAACAAAGGAAUCGAUGGAAGCAAAGCAUAGCCCAC